AACGUUGGAUAAAAAGUUCCCUCCACUUACAUAUCAUACUUUUAAUCAUGUCUCAUUGAAGCAAUAAUCCAACUGAACAACAUCAAGAUGAUAGCUUCAAUUAUUCUUGUGAUUCUUUUAUCCCACACCAUUGAAAGCUCCAAAUUCACCAUACCAGAGGCCACUAUCAACGACAUUCAAGCAGCUUUCAACCAAAACAAACUUACGUCCAAAGACUUAGUUGAAUUUUACAUCCAGCGGAUACGCAAACUCAAUCCGAUCUAUCGAGCGGUUAUCGAAGUGAACCCUGAUGCACUUCAUCUAGCUGAGAUAGCUGAUCAAGAACGGAAGAAUAAAGACCCAAUUUCACGGUUUGGGUUGCAUGGUAUACCUGUUUUGGUGAAGGAUAAUAUUGCAACGAAAGAUAAGCUUAACACGACUGCGGGUUCUUACGCCCUUCUUAAUUCGGUGGUGCCUCGAGAUGCUGGUGUGGUUAACAAGUUGAGAGAAUCAGGGGCGAUUAUACUUGGGAAAGCAAGCAUGACUGAAUGGGCUGCUUUCAGAAGCUCUUUGUUACCUAAUGGCUGGAAUGCUAGAACUAAACAAGCGGUUAAUCCAUAUGUAGCAACUCUUACUCCAUGUGGUUCAAGCACCGGAUCGGCUAUAUCAGUUGCAACAAACAUGGUUACUGUAUCACUAGGCACAGAAACAUAUGGAUCAAUCCUAUGUCCUUCAAGUGCCAACUCAGUUGUAGGCAUUAAACCCACCAUAGGCCUCACAAGCCGAGCAGGAGUCAUUCCCAUUUCCCCUAGGCAAGACACAGUUGGACCCAUGUGUAGGACUGUAGCAGAUGCUGUGUAUGUUCUUGAUGCCAUUGUGGGCUUUGAUAAAAAUGAUGCAGUGGCAACCAAAAAAGCUUUAAAGUACAUUCCCAAAGGUGGUUAUUUAAACCACCUAAAAUUGGGUGGACUCAAAGGAAAGAGGUUAGGCGUAAUGAGGGCUUAUCACUAUUUCGGUUUUAGUAAUGACACCGAAACCUUGAAUAUGUUUGAGAAACAUUUUAAUAUUUUAAGGCAAAAUGGGGCUAUUCUUGUAGAGAAUUUGGAAAUCGUCAACUUCGACCAUAUUAUUUCAAUGUUCAGCAGUCAGGAUAUAGCACUAUCAGCAGAAUCCAAGUUGGCCUUGAAUGCCUAUUUAAAGAAGCUGGUGACUUCACCCGUGAGAUCUUUAGCAGACGUCAUAGCCUUCAAUAAGAAACAUGUCGAUUUGGAAAGGAUCGAUGACUACCCACAAGAUGUGUUUUUGGCAGCUCAGAAAACUAAUGGUAUAGGCAAGUUAGAGAAGGAAGCAUUAAUGAAUUUAACAAAAGCCUCAAAAUACGGGUUUGAGAAGUUGAUGAAUGAUAACAAACUGGAUGCACUAGUGACACCAUAUUUUGAGGGUUAUAGUGUUCUUGCGAUUGGUGGAUAUCCAGGAAUCAAUGUGCCGGCUGGGUAUGAUAAAAAUGGGGGUCCGUAUGGUAUUUGCUUUGGAGGUUUAAAGGGUUCAGAGCCAACAUUAAUAGAGAUUGCCUAUGGGUUUGAACAAACAACCAACUUCAGAAAGCCUCCUGCAAACAAGAAUCAUGUGUGAUCUAUUUUAAAUAACUUUUGACAAUAUGUGGUAUUUGUUUCUGUUAUUUUAUGCUUUCUUAUGUAAUUUAUAUUUAUUUGAAAUUGAAAUAUUAGGUUGUUUAUGCAAACAUUUAAAUUGUCUUUUGGAAUUUA